AGGGAGACAUUACCACAAUUCAAACAUUUCGGAAUGCAGUUUAAGUUUUCAUCAGUUUACUAUGAUCCGUGAUGACAUCUGGAUGUGUUGGAAUAAUUUGGGACGAUUUAGGUCCAUAAAUCGGUUUUUAAUUGGGAAUUUAUUUUCGAUAAAUAUACUGGAAGCAUACGUACGUACUCCGGCUUGUUAGUACCAUUUUAACGAAGGAAGGAACUGUUUAAAGUCGACAGAUUUUUAUAUGAAUUUUUAAAAAAGCAUUGAAAUUUUGGUUAAAAUUAGCCAUCGGUCAUCAAUAACAAUAAAAAAAAUCGCGAAAUUAGAGGACAGUUUUAUGGAGUUGGACUUGUGGAAAGUGAAUGGUUGCCUAGUGGUGCAUAAUUAAUUUGAUUUUAAUUUCGUACGAUUUUUACUUUACACUUUGAUUGAAUUUAGUGAUUUUUCUGGAAAAAUAUAAAUUAAAUUAAAAUCAAUGAAAAUGUGUUGUGAUACGUGUGCUGGUAGCGGUGAUGCUAAAUGGAUAAAAAUAUUUUUUGCAUUUUUAACAACAACUCAUUUGGUCGAAAACGUCAUAGCGGGUCAACCGGAAUUUGCUGAGCCAAUUGUAAAUAUAUCUGUAGCCGUUGGACGAGAUGCAACUUUUACAUGUCACGUACGACACUUAGGAGGAUAUCGGGUAGGUUGGGUGAAAGCAGACACGAAAGCUAUUCAAGCAAUUCACGAGCAUGUCAUAACUCACAACCCACGAGUUAGUGUCACUCAUUCCGAUUUGAAUACAUGGAAUCUUCACAUUAAAUCUGUUACCGAAGAUGAUCGUGGAGGUUACAUGUGUCAACUAAAUACAGAUCCCAUGAAAAGUCAGAUAGGUCACUUAGAUGUGGUAAUUCCGCCCGAUUUUAUAUCCGAAGAUACUUCAUCAGACGUUAUUGUUCCAGAAGGUAGCUCAGUCAAAAUUACAUGCAGAGCAAGAGGAUAUCCACACCCGAAUGUCACAUGGCGUCGUGAAGAUGGUGCCGAAAUUGUUCUAAAAGACAGCAUCGGAACCAAGCAACUGGUAACUUCGUACGGCGGUGAAAUUUUAAAAUUAACAAAACUAUCUAGGAGCGAAAUGGGUUCAUACCUUUGCAUUGCAAGUAAUGGAGUUCCACCUUCCGUUUCGAAAAGAAUUUUGCUUAGCAUUCACUUUCAUCCUGUUAUUAAUGUACGAAAUCAGUUGGUUGGAUCUCCAUUUGAUAAAGAUGUGACAAUCGAAUGUAACGUAGAGGCAUCGCCUAAGUCUAUUAACUAUUGGAUCAAAGACACAGGUGAAAUGAUAGUAUCGUCACCCAAAUACAACGUACAGGAAAUUUCUCAGUCACUGUACGAAACUCAUAUGACUGUGACUGUAAGGAAAUUUCAAAAAGAGGAUAUCGGAUCGUAUCGAUGUAUUGCAAAGAACUCCUUGGGGGAGGUCGAUAGCAGUAUACGAUUAUAUGAAAUACCCGACCCAAAAAGUAAUACAUUUUCGCCGAAAUACGGUGGCAACAAUUUGAAUGAUGUCAUUAAACCAUUUAAACGACCAAAAGUGACAUAUCAACCGGAGGAUGAUGAUCAAUUAGGUUCGGCCGAAGACUAUGAUGAAUCGGAAACACCAAAUACGUUCACGAAACCGACAAAGAUACUUCACGAAAAUAAUGGCCGGCACAAUAAUGUAGCAGUGUUUGGCGGUAUUGCGACAAGGAAACCGAUGUAUCCAAUACCUGAAGUACGCGGUUCUUCCGAUAAUGAAGUGUCGACCGCGUUAUCGUCGGCAACAACUGUUGGUUGUAAUUAUCGUUUAUUUUUCGUUGUAAAUUCAAUGGUGUCAUUAUUGAGUUUUGGCCGAUUUUUAUCAUAAUAAUAAAUAUUUUAUGGAUGCCAACCAUAGUAAUAAAAAAUAAAAAUUCAUGAAAAAAAAAAGAUUAUUAUUUAGCGGUUGUUGAUGAUACUAACUAUUUUCUAUAUACAAAAAAAACUGGUGUAAAAAAAAGCAUUAAAUUAUUAUAUAAAAUAUAUAUUAAAAAAAGGCAUACGACGACGAACACAAUAUAUUAUAUAUGAACAUCAUGAUGAUACACACACUUGUUAAUAAUUUUUUUUAUAUAUAUAUUUAAAUGAAUUCCAUGAGCUUGAGUAACCUUUAAUUAAUUAAUUAAUUGUUUUAUAAACUAUAUUCUCGGUUAAUAAAAUAUUAAUUACUGUUAGAGCUUUAAAAAUGUAAUUAAUAUUUUCACUGAUUAUAUUCCCAGCUCGACCAUUUUAAUAUUCAAGAGACGAGCGUUGAUAUUACCAGCAAAAUAUUUCAUCCCAAUAAAUAAUAAUAUUUAUUGCAAUGAGCAUACACAUUUAUGUAUGAUGUGAUUGUGUGUCUAUUUAUCUAAAUUAACCAAAUAUUGUCCGUGUGAAUUAUGGAGGAUGGUUUUCGAAUUUGAAAAUAAAUUCCAAGCUCCCCGCUAAUUUGUUAACAUUUUUGUAAUUAAUAUUAUCAAAUGUUUUUGAGUGAUUGUGUGUGUGUGUGUGCUGUCUAUACUCUAUACACCCGGCAAAAUGCACCGAUUCCAUUAAUCACAGUGGAACGCACUACGACGAAUUGCAUUCCAGGACGAAAAUUAUUAUCAAUGUGCUCUCUAGUAUAAAUAACUAAUUUAUUCGUUCGCUGAUAACAUAAAAGGUCUGCUCGGAUAAUGUAAUUAAAGUGAAUUUCAGGAAUUCAUUACUUCACAAAAUAAAUGUUGAAUUGUGGAUGGACUUAUGUUUUGUCAAUUUUAGGAUGGCGAUGAUGUGCUCCUACCUUGUGUGAAUGCAGAAAUACAUCAUAGCACAUAUGCAUGAAAAAAUCACAGAAAAUUACGUUAUCGGUUCCUCUUUCAAUAUCAGUUCAAAAUUGAAAAAGCCAUACAUACAGUGGCUAGCAUUUGAAAACCAGCCAGUCAGUGUUAAGAAAUUUAAAUUAAUCCACAU